GAGAGAGAGGCAACUGAACAUUGACGAGAGAAGCGCAAGAUAAACUAAUUAUUUUAAACCUUAUCUUGAAGGUGCACCAGUGACACAGUCAGCCUGGUUGUAGAGGAGCAGAAGAAGAGAAGAGGAACCACUAGCCAUGGGGCCCAGAGCUUGGUGCCUGUUUGUCCUGCUUGGGCUGUCCGUCUGGGGCAGCAGUGAGGGCCUCAGAUCCCCCAUCCUGACCCGGAGACGGAGGUACCUGGAGGACAAAGGAGAACCACCCAAAAAGUGCUCGUAUACCUUCCUGGUCCCUGAGCAGAAGAUCACUGGGCCAAUCUGCACCAGCCGGGGCCUACACACGGACAAGGACCGCGUGACCCGCGUGGACGUAGCGGCGGUGAGGGACCUGCUCUCCAAACAGAGACGGGAGAUGGAUACCCUGAAGCUGGUGGUGAACAUUGAUGGGAACAUGGUGAACGAGAUGAAGUUGCUGAGGAAGGAGAGCAGGAACAUGAACUCCAGGGUGACCCAGCUCUACAUGCAGCUGCUGCACGAGAUCAUCAGAAAGAGAGACAACUCUCUGGAGCUGGCUCAGCUGGAGGGACGCAUUCUGAACGCCACAGCAGAGUCCCUACGUCUGGCCGCCCGCUACCGUGACCUAGAGGUCCGAUACGCUGCGCUCUCCGCCGUGGUCAACAGCCAGUCAGUUCUGGUUGGUGCCCUGGAAGAGCGCUGUCUGCAGGUGUACGGCCGGCGGCAGGAGCAGUCUCCUCAGGGCCCACCACUGGUGCAGGUGGUGCCAGAGAACAUACCGGUUAGCAUCCCGAGAUUUACCAACGAGAUCCAGAGGGACCACGGCCGGGCAUUUCCCAGAGACAGGGGCUCCCAAGCAGGGCCAGCACCCACAGGAAGCACCCUGGAGCUCCAGAAGGCUCCGCAGGGCAACUUCAGUGCAGAGGGUCCUUUCAGGGACUGUCUCCAGGCCCAGGAGGCUGGCCAUGGCACCAGCGGUAUGUACCUGCUGAAACCUGGCGAAGCGGAGAGGCCCAUGCAGGCGUGGUGUGAGCAGGACCUGGACAACGGAGGCUGGACCGUCAUCCAGAGCAGGAGGGAUGGCUCUGUCAACUUUUUCAGGAACUGGGACGCUUACAAGAAUGGAUUCGGCAACAUAGAUGGGGAGUACUGGCUGGGGCUGCUGGGGAUCUACAAUUUAGGGAAGCAGGGAGACUACAGACUUCUAGUGGAGCUGGAGGACUGGGUGGGGAAGAAGGUGUAUGCUGAUUACAGCAGCUUCCACCUGGAGCAUGAGAACGAGGGCUACCGCCUGAGGCUGGGCACCUACCAGGGAAACGCUGGCGACUCACUCAGCAGCCACAACGGCAAGCAGUUCACCACACUGGACCGAGACAAGGAUGCCUUCUCAGGUAACUGUGCACACUUCCUUAAGGGAGGCUGGUGGUACAACUCCUGUGGCCAGGCCAAUCUGAAUGGUGUUUGGUACACCGGCGGGGUCUACCGCAGCAAGUUCCAGGACGGAAUUUUCUGGGCAGACUACGGCGGAGGAUUCUACUCUAUGAAGGGAGUCCGCAUGAUGAUUAGACCUAUAGACUGAGACUACAGAGGGAGAGACAUGACCAUCCUAUCCCUCAACCAACACGUGUACAGUAUUGCCUAUCGCAGACCUACUCACUCACAGAGAUUGAGUACAAACAUUGUCUGACCUUAUUGUGGGAUGGUAAAGUAUUAAAGUAUACUACUAAUGUCUGGGCCUCACUGUCAGCACUAGACUUAGAGCAAGGAGUGCCAGGCCUAUUGGUUACCAUGGAGAGCAAAACAACUGACCAUGUGGUAUGGAAUUGAAAUCUGUGUAUGUUACUAGAGGUAAAAGCUUGCCUAUUUUAGAGGUGUGUAAAUAUCUUUACAUGUCAUAAUAACAUCUUAUGUAAGCAUUCAAUCUACUACUCUGUUUCAACUUCUCCAUCUUGAGAUGCUUUAUGAUUUGCAUCCCUUAAGAUAUUUUUUCAUGUAUUUGAAAUAAACCAGGGAGAAGCUGUAAAUGAUCCUAUAGAAAACAUUGGGUUUUCUAUUCACUGUCUAUAUUUGUGGAUCAUGCACCAUUUAUUGUGCUUUCACAGCUGACUUAU